CUGGGCGCGAGCUGGGCGGAGCCGUUGGGCGGGCAGGCGUCGGCCUGGCAGUGAUGGCGGACGAUGGGGACGGGAGGCUGAGGACUGAGGGGAACGGCGGCGGGCGAGGGGGCGGGGGCGCGGGGGAGUCGCUGUUGGGCGGCGGGAUGCUGCUGGUCGUGGGUCUGCUGGUCGUGGGGCUGCUGGCCGCCUACCGGCUGUACCUGCGCUGGGGGACGCGGAGCGGGCCGGGGGGCGCGGCCCGGCAGAGCCAGGCCGCCGCUCUGCCGCGGAUGAAGCGGCGGGGUUUCUCCCUGGAGCAGCUGCGCGAGUUCGAUGGGACCCGCAACCCCCGCAUCCUCCUGGCUGUCAACGGCAAAGUCUUCGACGUGACCAAAGGCAGCAAGUUCUACGGGCCCGAGGGUCCAUAUGGAAUAUUUGCUGGCAGAGAUGCCUCCAGGGGACUAGCAACUUUCUGUCUAGAUAAAGAUGCACUCAGAGAUGAAUAUGAUGACCUAUCGGACUUAAAUGCUGUACAGAUGGAAAGUGUAAGAGAGUGGGAAAUGCAAUUUAAAGAAAAAUACGACUACGUAGGUAGACUCCUAAAACCAGGGGAAGAACCUUCAGAAUACACAGAUGAGGAAGAUACCAAGGAUCACACUAAACAGGAAUGAACUUUGUAAACAACCAAAGUCAGGGGCCUUCGGAACUGCAACCUCUUAUUCCCCAUCACAGAAUGUCCUGCAUCUUUGGGUACAGUUCAUCUGCUGCGAAAAACAUUCAACAGGUUUUGUACAAGGAGAAUAAUAAACUCACAAAUGAAGAUUUGAAUACUAGACAUUAUUUGUGCUGCCAAACUUUUUGUUGCAGUUUCUUUGUAAUGUCUGGUUAGGCUUCGUUAGUGAAGAGGGGCCAGGGAUUUAAAGGCAAAAACGCUAUUCCCUUUUAUCAGUAAGCUGAAGUCUUCAAAUAGUAUAUAUCACAAGCUCUCGAAAAGACGUGAGUCUUCAAGCUCAGUGGAAGGUUUGAAUCUCGUUUCAUAUGUGUCUUCUCCUUCAGCAUUAAAGAAAAACGUACUCAUGUACAUCAGUAUCAGUAGGUUAGACUACUGAAACUGGUGUUAAAAUGUGAAUUUCCAAUUUUGUUUUGUAUGUGGGCGUUAGUAGCCCUGGCAGAAUACUUCAGUUCUCUAAGAGAAGUCCGUGUAGAUUAGGAUGGGGGUAAAAUUCAUCCUUUUCUCAAAAGGAUUGGGUAAAACCAUUUCCUCUGCAACAACUAUUAUCUGAAGCCUGCCUCUCCCCCCUUUUCCCAUCCUCUAAAUCAAAUCAAAUAUUAAUUGUGCCUUAUUUCGCUUACAUAGACUUGAAUUGUUUUAAGGGACAGCCCCAAAAUCGUGGUUUCAUAGUCACUACAAGCAGCAUUGAGACUGAAGUUAGAAUGUUCUGUUGACUGGAAAACCUUGAUGUUAUUCUGUGUAUAGAAUGUAAAAGAGGAAUACUCAGUGUUACUGCCAUAUGUUAAUACUACAUAUACUUAAAUUAGCAUUGUGAUGGCCAAAUGCAUACUCCCAUGCUUCUUUUUAAGUAAUUACACAAAAAAGUCACCCUUCCUCCUCUUCCAGAAGCUGCCUAACUUUUGGGAGCGUAGCCUUCACACCCCUGUAGAGCGAAGGGGCCUGCGCGCGUGUGUAUGUGUGUGUGUCUGUCUGAAUGCAAGACUUGGGAGGGAUUGUUUCUGCAGAUAUUGUAAAUACGAGUUCCAUUUUAAUAAAGCAUGUACAAUACCAAAUG